UCAGGCGACAGCGUCGCGCUCUUCUCGCAUUAUUGAAAUCUGUGGGCCGUGUUCGGGUAAUGGACCAGAGGUCUGAGGAGUCCUAACUACGUCAUUAAACAAGAUGGCUACACAGAGAGCACUCCCCCAAAGCAAGGAGACACUUCUUCAGUCCUACAACAAGAGACUGAAAGAUGAUAUCAGGUCCAUUCUGGAUAAUUUCACUGAGAUCAUAAAAACGGCAAAGAUUGAGGAUGAGACACAGGUUUCACGAGCAACGCAAGCAGAACAGGACCAUUAUGAGAUGCAUGUACGAGCAGCCAACAUUGUGCGUGCAGGGGAGUCGCUGAUGAAGCUGGUCUCUGACCUGAAGCAGUUCCUGAUCCUGAAUGACUUCCCCUCGGUGAACGAGGCCAUCAGCCUGCGGAACCAGCAGCUGCGCAGCCUGCAGGAGGAGUGCGAUAAGAAACUGACCUCCCUGCGUGAUGAGAUUGCUAUUGACCUGUACGAGCUAGAGGAAGAAUAUUACUCCUCCAGGUACAAAUAGGCUCUUAGGCACAUCACAUUCGUAGUUCCCUAUAGCCCCGACCCCCCUGUGCCUUUUAAGGGUUUUUUUAACCCCUAUUUUGACCCCAAGGCCAUUGUAAAUAAUGAAUAAAAGCAGACCUGCAUUUCUGCCUUAGGCAUUCAGUAGGAUAAAAAAGGAGAUUGGUUAUGGUUUUUGGGCCGUAGUCAAAGUACCUUUCAGUUUUUUUGAGAAUGUUACAAAAUGGUGUCCAUCAAAACAAGACAGGGGUAUCUCUGCUGGUCCCUGUAUGCUGCUACAGGAAGACAUUUUCCACCUUUAUCUGAUAAGUCAAAUUCCUUGCCUUACACAGUGUGUAAUUCACAAAAUAUCAAUGGUGUUUGUAAGUGUCUCAGGUUAGCAAGAUGUUGUCUUGAGUGCAGGCUCAGUCCUGUAGCCCGCAAUUGAAAUUGUCCUUGUGAUGUCGUGAUGAUGACCGAGAGCCCACAACAGUGAAACAAAUUGGCUUUAUUUUGCUAGGAUAGCCUGCAAGUUCAGAGGUUGUCGUAGUGAGACAAGCCUAAUGUAGCACAAUUGGCAAGCAGUAAAAGCUGGAUAAAAAAGGGGGAAUGCAGAAAAAAGACUUGAACCAUGAAAUAACAUUGGGUUAAGAUUAUGAAACUGGCAUGAAAGCCUCCAGUGUUUGACAUACAAUGUGCCUUGUUCCCAGAACGAUGUCAUUUUAAAUUCAAUAUAUUCUUCAUGUUUUGUCCUAAUUAUCUUAAAGUUGCAAUGGUAGAAAGAAAGCAUGGAUGUAAGCCCUGAACAGUUGAAAUCUUGCACAUGGCUACUAAUCAAAAAAUCUAAACUUGUCAUAAUUGUUGGUUUCUUUUCUUUUUUUAUUAUGCAGUUUGGCACUUAGUUUUAUCUGUUCUGAGCCAAAGCCAAAGGUAUGGCUUAAGUUUCCACAGGUCAAGAGUAUCUAAUGGCGACCAUAGCUUAAAAAAUGUAUUCAGCUGUACCACUCUGAAUACACAGUUGCAGUUUUGACAUGUGCUAUCUUUCUGUUUACGUUGAAUUCAGAAUGCCCAGAAUAUAGUUUUAAAUGUCUAAGUCAGUUGUCCUUGUGUGAAUGAUUAUGUGUGUUUCAUGAUAUCAUGUCCCUCAGAAGCAACAGAAGAAUGAAAUGAACAAAUUUCAUAGCACUUUGAUUGCACACUAGUGCCAGUGAAAAGGGAAAAGUGUUGAAAUUGCUAGCAUUGCCUUGAGAGUAAAUGGUGAAUCAAUCUGAUGUUGCCGUUUAUGUCAAGGUCUUUGUGGCAACUGUAAGAAUCAUGACAAUAGAAAACAAAAUAUACAUUAAUAUAUUUAACAAACUACACAUCACUUCAUAACUAUUGAA